GGCCAAGAAGAUAUCGUGACCGUUUCAAUCCACUCGAACAAUAUGAUGGAUAUGAUUUCCAAAACAGAUUUAGGCUAAAUAAAAAGACAUUCAUGAUGUUACUUAAUACAAUAGGCAAUGAUUUAAAACGGUCUACCAAUAGAAGUUUUGCAAUUACCCCAGAAAUACAACUAUUAAUUGCUCUACGAUAUUAUGCAACUGGAGCAUUUCAAUUUGUUCUAGGUGACCAUAUUAAUGUAAACAAGUCCACAGUAUGUAGAGUAAUAAAACGCGUAUCAAAACGUAUACCAAGUCUUCGUCCUCUAUUUAUUAAAAUGCCUGAAAAUCAGAUAGAAAAGCUAGUAGUGCAAAUAGGGUUCUAUGAAAUGUAUAAUUUUCCCAGGGUAAUUGGAGCAAUCGAUUGCACACACAUAAGGAUACAGUCUCCAAAGAGCGACAUAGGAGAACAAUUUAGAAACAGAAAAGGUUAUUUUUCUUUUAAUGUACAAGCAGUAUGUAACAGUAAAAUGGAUAUAACAAAUAUAGUGGCAAGAUGGCCGGGUUCAGUUCACGAUAGUACAAUUUUUGAAAAUAGUUUACUACGUGCACGAUUUGAAAAUAAUGAGUUUGAAGGCUGUUUUCUGCUCGGUGAUGGAGGUUAUCCAUGUAGGAAUUAUUUAAUGACACCAUUACUGAAUCCUACUACAAAUGCUGAAUUAAAAUAUCAGAAAUCCCAAAUUGGAACCAGAAAUAUUUUUGAGCGUGUAUUUGGUGUCUUAAAACGAUGA